GCAUUCAUUUAUCAAUCACAAAGCACGGUAAGUGCAAGUGCAAGUGCAAGUAGUCUGCAGGCGUGUUACGCGUGGUGUUGUUGCUGUUGCAUAAAACGAGAGUUAUUAAGCGGAGGAAGGCGGCAGUUGGCAGAUCGCUGAAGUGUUGUGCUCAGAUUUAGUUGUUUUCAUCGACGUUUCCCGCUUAAAGGCGGACGACGAACUUGUUGUGGUUAGUUGGGUGUUAAUUGGACGCGAAGAAAAUGAAGACAAUUUUGUGCAUAAUUGGGCUGAUGGUAGUGGUUUGUGACCUGGCCCAAGCUGAACCGGAACCAGUUGCUCCGGAUACACGGAAAGCAAGACAUCCAUCUAGUGGACCCACGAGUUACAACUCAAUCCCUGGUCCUGACAGUGAAACCUUGAGCAAGCUGCAGAAUCAGGUUGCUCCUUCGGUACAAAUCCCGCUCAAGCCUAUUGGAUCUCCUGGAAAAACUUCUGAAGCACCUCAAGCUUAUACCGUAACGUCUAACCAACCCACAAAUCCUCACCCGUCAACAUUCACUGCUCAGAACAUCGCCGGGCAGUACUAUGUUGCGAUGACACCUCAAGCCACAGGAAACCAAGUAUUGUCUCCAGCGACCACCCCGCUGAUUAUGCAAUACAUCAACCCACAGGGUCAACCCACCGGAGGUCUUCAGUACAUUCAGCUGCUACGUCCCAUGGUAUACCCGUACGGCACCCAAUACGUCCAACCGUCUUACGUCCAACAACAGCAACCGCAGCAGCCAUCGAACACCCACGGCCAGCACCAACCUCAGCAUCUGCACCAACUCCAUUCCCACCUAUCCCACUAUUCCAGCCCCAUCCAGCAGUUGUCCCAAGUGUCCUCCUCGCCCACUUCGCCCACAACCACCCAGUCCAGCUUCGUUCCCUUCCAGCCAUCUUCUCUACAGCAAUACGCAACAGCAGCCACAGCCGCCACCCACCAUCAUCUGGCCUCCCCAGCGGCAUUCCCUAGCCAAGUUGCCCAGUACUCCAGUCCGGUGCUGUCCUACUAUCCCUCCAGGAUCUCGCUGAUCAACGGUCCCGGCAGCAUGGCCCUCAACACUAACGAGUACAUGCCCUCGCCGGGCGAUCAGGUCUACAUCAAAGGAGUGAAAUCCAUUCGAGCCUAAAGAUUAAGCAGCAACACCCGAUAAUGGUACUGAUCUCCCUGCAGGCGUAUUCCCGUUCCCUAUGGCGUUUCGAGUUUACCACCUUACGAUGAGAUUCCCGUUGAUUAUUUAUAAAGUAUUUAACAUGUUACCUAGUUUUAGCGACGCGACCAAACAUCCUGCUUAGUGUUUUCUACUAACAAAAGGAAUUACCGAAGAAAAUAAAAUGCGAUACAAGAGUGAUCGAUGGAAA